AUGUCAUCGCUGAUGGCUCUUACGAAGAACAUCGUCAAUACGUAUUUCCUCAAUUAUCACUGUUUGGUUUUCUUCAGCCAAAGCCCUGCAAACUUCGACUUGAACCUGACACAAGUGCCCAUUUUGGCCAUAAAUCUGGACAAUCGCGACAAUAUAAAAAAUAUAUUUAACUAUGCAGGAUGUCAGGGAUUUUUUCUGCAAGUGAACCAGCCAGUGGCGGUGUUUAGAGCCAUCGAGCAGCAGAUCAAAGUGCAUCCGGACCGAUUCAACCAGCGCAAAUACGUGUUUUUUGCAACCGAAAAUUGGAGCAAAGAAGUCUUUCAGAUCUUUGAAACGCUCGAGGCAAACUUCGUUUCUGACCUUACCGUAAUAUUUGCCAACAGUUUUUUGAAUGAAAGUAGCCAAGUGUUCGAUAUAUGGACUCACAAGUACACAGGUCGGACGGGAAACAAUAAGCCAUUCUUGUUGGACAAAUGGUUUGCUGAAAACGCCUCAUUUUUGCACAAUAACAAUUUAUUUCCCAACAAGUUGGGCAAUCAAGGGGGACGGAUGCUGAAACUUGCCGUAUUCCCUUAUGAACCGUAUGUAGUUAUUGGUAAGAAAGUUAUUAUUGAGCCUCGAGGCAUCGACUCCUACUCUUAUAUGGGAUCUGAAAUGAAGAUUCUGGAAACAUUUAGCCAGUACGUGAAUGCCAGUAUUUCGCCUGUUAUUAACCAGGCAGACUAUUGGGGCGAAAUCUGGAACAACUGGUCGGGUAGUGGACUGAUGGGCAAUUUGGUUGAAGACAAAGCUGACAUUGGGGCAGCUGCUUUAUACACCUGGGAGUUUGCCUACGAGUAUCUCGACCUGUCCAAACCAACCGUACGAACGGGAAUCACAUGCCUGGUUCCUGCUCCAAAUAAACACCACAUCAACCAACUGAAAGGAAAAUUGCUGAGCAAAACCCUGAUGUCUGUGUCAAAGCCAUUUGUGAUGCAAUCCAUCACCAACAAAGAAAUGGCGCAAGGAAAUCUGGCAAAGUAUUUGAUGGGUUUGGUGUUUUUAUCCACGCUGGUUCUCAGUACCACUUUUGAUAGUGGAUUAGCCACAAUUAUGACCGUCCCCAGAUACGAUAAUCCAAUCAACACCAUAGAGGAGCUGGCCGAAAGUGGGCUGUCUUGGGGAGGAACACAAGACGCUUGGAUUUUAUCCAUUAACAACUCCCUAGAGCCCAACUUGAUGAAGCUGGUGGCUCGUUUUGUUGCCCACUCAGAGGCAAAUCUGCGGAAGUACUCGCUGGGUGAUCAGUUCGCUUUCGGUGUGGAACGACUUCCUAAUGAUAACUACGCAAUCGGAGCUUACAUUAAGGAGGACGUGAUCCAAAACUACCACCUAAUGACCCAGGAUAUUUAUUGGGAAAUGUGUGUAGUGAUGAUGAGGAAAAGUUCAGUACUUCUAACUGAAGUCGACAAGUUCGUGCUGCGCGUUUUUGAGGCUGGAUUGAUUUCCUAUUGGCAAAAUGAGGCAAUUAAUCUUUACGCCUGAUUAAUCAAUUAAUUGCUGCAUCAACACAUUGCAGGCCGCCACUCAAUAUAUGGACCGAACGGUGCAGACAGCACCCUCCGACCAGAUGAAGAGGAAAUUGAGGUGGAAUUUUGGACGCAUCCUUAUUCAGGAACCAGCGGCAACAAUAAGCCAGUUUUAAUCGAUAGAUGGUUUUCUUGCAACCAAAGUUUCUUGCAGGGAAAUGGGAUUUUUUAUGAUAAAACCAGAGAUCUGCAAGGGCGCGUAGUGAAAGCGGGAGUGUUUGAUCUUUGGCCCUAUGUAAUUCUGGGUAAUAUAUUCUGGGCGCUUUCAAGCACUUUAAUAAGGUUCAAUUUCAAUUCAGGCAAUAUUAGGAACAUAUCAGGCGCUGAUAUCCAGUUGCUUCAAACUCUAAUAAACUACAUAAAUGCCACGGUGGAGUUUCAUAUAGUGAGAGAUUUGUGGGGAAAGAUUUUUUCGAAUGGCAGCAGUUUCGGCGUUAAAGGCAAAGUAUUUAAGGGACAUGUCGAUAUAGCGUUCGGUAAAGGUUUUGAACAAUCCACUAGUGGGAAGUUCUGUAUGAACGCGCCAAAUUCAAGUAAACUCUUAAAAAUUCAACUUUUACACACUAACUGCAGCUUAAGAAAUUUUCGUAGGCAAAAACCAUCUAAGGUGUUUGUCACGUAUAAAACCCUAGUUAUAGUCAGUCAAUUAACAGUUUUUCAAACGAGCACUGACAGGAAGUAUUCGACUCUUAAGAAAUUGAUGUUCCCCAUCAUGCUGGCUAGCAUCGCAUUGAGCAUCGCUUAUACUGCCGGAUAUACAAGCAUUAUGACGAAACCCAGAUAUGAAGGAACCAUAAAUACGGUGGAAGAUUUUUUGCGAAGUGACCUUAAAUGGGGAGGCCAGCAAGCGGAGGAGUUGAUACAGAAAUGGAGGAAUGGCGAGGAAGUAAGUCCUGUACUGGUUUAUUGAAAGUUGUAUUUAUUUAAUUAAGUGUUUUUAGGGAUCAUACAAACAGCUGGGAGAACGA